GAGGGCACACUCCCAUGUGAUGUUUAUUGAUUGCCUGUUCCUUGCUACCACCUGCGAACACGGUUCCCACCAAGGAGGCAGCGGGAUCAGCCACUCACUGUCGCAUCUGGGAGGAGCCACCCUCUGGGGUCUCAGAGGAAUGAUGGAAGCCUUGGGGUUUCUAAAACUGGAAGUGAAUGGCCCCAUGGUGACGGUGGCCCUGUCAGUGGCUCUCCUGGCCCUUCUGAAGUGGUACUCCACAUCAGCAUUCUCAAGACUGGAGAAGUUAGGCCUCAGACAUCCCAAGCCUUCUCCUUUUAUUGGAAAUUUGAUGUUUUUCCGCCAGGGUUUUUGGGAAAGCCAAAUGGAGCUCAGAAAGCUGUAUGGACCUCUGUGUGGGUACUAUCUUGGUCGUCGGAUGUUUAUUGUUAUUUCUGAGCCAGACAUGAUCAAGCAGGUGUUGGUUGAGAACUUCAGUAACUUUACCAACAGAAUGGCGUCGGGUUUGGAGUUCAAGUCAGUAGCCAACAGCGUUCUGUUUUUACGUGACAAAAGAUGGGAAGAGGUCAGAGGUGCCCUGAUGUCUGCUUUCAGUCCUGAAAAGCUGAACGAGAUGACUCCCCUCAUCAGCCAAGCCUGCGACCUUCUCCUGGCUCAUUUAAAACGCUAUGCAGAAUCUGGGGACGCAUUUGACAUCCAGAGGUGCUACUGCAAUUACACCACAGAUGUGGUUGCCAGCGUCGCCUUCGGCACCCCGGUGGACUCCCAGCAGGCCCCUGAGGAUCCCUUUGUGAAACACUGCAAGCGUUUCUUCGAAUUCUGCAUCCCCAGACCUAUCCUGGUUUUACUCCUAUCAUUUCCAUCCAUAAUGGUCCCACUGGCCCGGAUUUUGCCCAAUAAGAACCGAGAUGAACUGAACGGCUUUUUUAACAAACUCAUUAGGAAUGUGAUUGCCUUGCGGGACCAGCAAGCUGCCGAAGAGAGGCGCAGGGACUUCCUCCAAAUGGUCCUGGAUGCCCGACAUUCUGCAAGUCCCGUGGGCGUGCAAGACUUUGACAUGGUCAGAGAUGUCUUCUCCUCUACCCGGUGCAAGCCGAACCCUUCCCGGCAACACCAGGCCAGGCCCAUGGCCAGGCCUUUGACUGUGGAUGAGAUUGUGGGCCAGGCCUUCAUCUUCCUCAUCGCUGGCUAUGAAAUCGUCACCAAUACACUUUCUUUUGCCACCUACCUACUGGCCACCAACCCUGACUGCCAAGAGAAGCUUCUGAGAGAGGUGGACCUUUUUAAGGAGAAACACAUGGUCCCUGAGUUCUGCAGCCUCGAGGAAGGCCUGCCCUAUCUGGACAUGGUGAUUGCAGAGACGCUGAGGAUGUACCCACCGGCUUUCAGGUUCACACGCGAGGCGGCUCAAGACUGCGAGGUGCUGGGGCAGCGCAUCCCCGCAGGUGCUGUGCUAGAGAUGGCCGUGGGUGCCCUGCACCAUGACCCUGAGCACUGGCCAAGCCCAGAGACCUUCGACCCUGAAAGGUUCACCGCUGAGGCCCAGCAGCAGCACCGGCCCUUCACGUACCUGCCCUUCGGGGCUGGCCCACGGAGCUGCCUGGGGGUGCGGCUAGGGCUGCUGGAGGUCAAGUUGACACUGCUCCAUGUGCUGCACAAGUUCCAGUUCCAAGCCUGCCCUGAGACCCAGGUACCGCUGCAGCUAGAAUCCAAAUCUGCCCUAAGUCCAAAAAACGGUGUCUAUAUCAAGAUUGUAUCCCGCUGACACAGAAGGCCGCCGGGUGGAGGGAGGGCACCCCCAAAUUCAAAGAAAACCCUGAGUGUGGAUAUUCAGAAUUUUGGGAAAAUGUCACUGAAGGGAUUGAAAGAGUGCCUGGCAUGCAAGGAUAAGAGGUUCUUUCCAUAACAUUUCCUAAAUGCUUAAUAAAUGUUUGUUGCACUUAGUUUUGACAUUGCCAA